AUGUAUAUCGAUAAAGACAAUUGUAAUUUCCUAGGAUUAGAUUUUGAAAACAUAUCUAACACUUCUUCAGGUUUAACAUCAAUUUGUUUAUGGAUAUUAAGCAAAGCUAACCCAUUUAAACGGGUUUCCCCCAUUGUUGUUCUCAAGUAUGUUUUUAUGCGUUUUAGCGUUGAGAAAGACCGCUCACUUGUCGAUGUUGUUACUGACGUCAGUGGAAGCAUGGAAAAUUUAAUGGACGAAACUCAAGAAAAAUUCAGUUCGUUAUUUGGAAAAGCAGAAAAACAAGUCGAAGAUGUAGAAAAGUCAGUAGAUGACAAAGUAAACGAUUUUACUUCAACUAUGCCAGAAAAACCUAAAAUACAAGAAGUUAUUCUUCUUACAGUUGAAGAAACUAGAAUAAUACCAAUAGACUUAAUCAAAUCGGAAAUUCCAACAAAUGAAAAUGAGGCCGUAGACGAAGAGGUAAAUAACAACUCAAAAGAAGAACAGACGGCAAUAAAAUCGGAAGAUCCUCUUAUCGAUGUAAACGAAAAACAAAACGAGGAAGAAGAUAAAGUUGAAGAAGAAAACUCUGUAGAUGAAAAUGUCGAAGAAGAAAAAGUUGAAGAAAAAGAAAAAUUUGAAGAAACUGAAGUAAAAGAGUAAAUAUCAAAGUACGUAAAUCAACUAAAGGAUGGCUCAAAACAAUGUUAAAUAUACAUUUUAUACAAAGAAGAAAAGCUAUUUGAAAGGUUU